UGUGUAAUCCAUGGUGUACCUACCAUGAAAACACUCAAUUCUCAUCCUCAGCAAAAUUUUAAUCUUCAAAAACGUUCUCCAUGGGAUAUGAGUUAUGAACUAAUGAUAAUUGAGAGUAGUACACAAGACCAAGAUAAUGGACAUUGCAAUUAUCAUUGUGUGCCUAAUAACAAUUUUAUCAUCUUCCAUAUUUUUAGAAUCAAGUACUGGUUUGCCCCAAAACUACAAUGAUACGAGUCCCUCAACUAUGCUUUAUUCUUCUUCUUCUUCGUCAUCGUCCUCGUCAUUGUUACCAUCACUAGAAAAUUAUGUUCCUUCUCUUGUUCCUGCCUUGUUCAUCAUAGGAGACUCCUCUGUUGAUUGUGGAGCCAAUAAUUUUCUUGCCACCUUUGCUCGUGCUGAUCACCCCCCAUAUGGAAGAGAUUUUGACACCCACCAGCCCACAGGAAGAUUCUGCAAUGGAAGGAUCCCCGUUGACUAUCUUGCUCUGCGUCUUGGGCUUCCUUUUGUUCCAAGUUAUCUUGGGCAACCAGGUGCUGUGAAGGAUAUGAUCCAUGGGCUAAAUUAUGCUUCUGCUGGCGCUGGCAUUAUUGCCUCAAGUGGGUCUGAAUUGGGUCAGCAUAUCUCCCUCGCCCAACAAAUUCAGCAAUUUACAGACACUCUUCAACAGUUCAUAUUAACUAUGGGAGAGGAUGCUGCAAACAAUCUCACAUCUGAUUCUGUCUUCUAUAUUUCUAUUGGAAUUAAUGACUACAUUCAUUAUUAUUUGCUUAAUGUAUCCAACGUCAACAAUUUGUACCUACCAUGGCACUUCAACGAGCUUUUAGCAUCUUCACUAAGACAAGAAAUAAAGAACCUGUAUAACUUAAAUGUUAGGAAAGUGGUGGUCAUGGGACUUGCCCCUAUUGGUUGUGCCCCUCAUUACUUAUGGCAGUAUGGUAGUGAAAAUGGAGAAUGUGUUGAGCAGAUAAAUGACAUGGCCAUUGAAUUUAACUUUCUCAUGAGAUACAUGACUGAAAAUCUUACCAUGGAGCUCCCUGAUGCCAAUAUCAUCUUCUGUGACAUGUUUCAAGGUUCUAUGGAAAUUUUCAAGAAUCCUGAACCUUAUGGGUUUAACAUCACGACUGAAGCCUGUUGUGGAUUUGGGAAGUACAAGGGCUGGUUCAUGUGCUUGUCACCAGAAAUGGCAUGCAAGAAUGCUUCCAACUAUAUUUGGUGGGACCAGUUUCAUCCAACUGAUGCAGUGAAUGCGAUUCUUGCAGAUAACAUAUGGAAUGGUCGGUACACUAAAUUGUGUUAUCCAAUGAACUUAGAGGACAUGGUAACUCAAAAGGAUAAAUGA